AAAAGUAAAAAAAAGCUUAGAUUUAUAAUCGAUUAUAAAAGACUUAACGAGAUUAUUAAAAAGAAUUAUUACUUAUUAUUUUUUAUUAUAAAACUUAAGGAAAUAUUAUAUAGAGCUUAA